GAUGGCGACACGUGAUACCGGUGGAGGGAGGGGGGAGAGAGAAGAAGGGAGGGAUGGGGGUGGGGAAUGGGAGAGGAAGAGAUGAUAAAAGGGGAAGGAAGUGGAAGAGUGAGAAGAGAGAAGGGAAGAGAAAGAAGGGAAAGAAUAGCUAGGAGACCAAGGAAAACUGGAGACAGAAGGGUAGCAGAAGCGUCUGCUUUCAAAAUAAGGUUCCCCCAACGUCCUCCCGCCCCUUCUCUCACACACGCACACAUACACAGGAGCGCGCGCAUACACACACACACACACACACACACACACACACACACACACACACACACACACACACACUCACUCACCCACUGCCCGCCCGCCCCCCUCCCCGAAAGCGAGCCCAGCGCAGCCAGGAUAGAAGAUGCUCUGAAGCUAGAGGCAGCAACUGCCCUGGUGGCAGCAACGGGAGCCUUGGUGGAGGCGGGAGCGGGAGCAGGAGCAGCAGUCCAGCUCAGCUCAGGCAGCCGUGGCCACAGCCAGAGCCCAAGACACUAUUAAGCUACCGAAAGGGGGUUGGGGGGAAGGUGACCAGGACUCCUGAAGUUCCCGCCAUGAGCAGCCGAUUCGCGGGGCUCCGUGGCCCCCGGGGUUCCUACCAGUCCGAGCCAGCUGGUAGCUCCGCGCAGCCGGGGCACAUCUAGUCCUGCCAGCCGGUCCUGGUCCCAGGCGCCACCCGCCGCCUCCGCCGCUACUGUCACCGGCGCUGCUGCUGCGCUCCCGACCCGCUUCUGCACACAGCGCCUUGGCCACCGCUGCAGAGGCAGCAACAGCAGCAGCAGGAGCAGCAGUAGCAGCAGCAACAGCAGCAGCAGCAUGUCUCGGAGGAAGAUUUCUUCCGAGUCCUUCAGCUCCUUGGGAUCAGACUAUCUGGAGACUAGCCCAGAGGAGGAGAGCGAAUGUCCCCUAUCCAAGCUCUGUUGGAACGGCAGCCGGAGUCCUCCCGGCCCUCAGGAGCCCAAUGCAGCUGGUACCGCCACGGCUGCCACGGCUACCGCCACGGCCACUGCCACAGCGACCGCUGGGGCCAGGCGUGCUCAGCGCCGGAGACGGGUCAACCUGGACUCUUUGGGAGAAAGCAUCAGCCGCCUGACGGCGCCCACGCCUCAGAUUAUACAGCAGACUCUCAAGAGGACACUACAGUAUUAUGAGCAUCAAGUUAUUGGUUACAGGGAUGCAGAAAAGAAUUUCUACAAUCUCUCUAACAGAUGCUCCUAUGCAGACCAUUCCAGCAAAGAAGAAAUUGAAGAUGUCUCAGGGAUUCUGCAGUGUACUGCGAACAUGCUUGGUUUGAAGUUUGAGGAAAUGCAAGAAAGGUUUGGGGAGGAAUUCUUCAAUAUCUGCUUUGAUGAGAAUGAGAGAGUCCUUCGGGCAGUAGGCGGCACCUUGCAGGAUUUCUUCAAUGGCUUCGAUGCUUUGCUGGAACAUAUUAGAACAUCAUUUGGACGACAGGCUACUCUGGAAUCUCCAUCUUUCCUAUGCAAAGAGCUUCCUGAAGGUACUCUCAUGCUCCAUUACUUUCAUCCUCACCACACUGUGGGAUUUGCAAUGCCUGGAAUGAUAAAGGCUGCAGGAAAGAAGAUCUAUAGGCUGGAUUUGGAGGUGGAACAAGUGACCAAUGAGAAACUGUGCUUGGAUGGGUCAAACCCAGGGAACUGCAGCUGCCUCACGUUUGUCAUUAAGGAAUGUGAAAAUACAAACAUCACGAAAAACCUUCCACCUGGAACAUCCCAAACUCCUGCUGACCUCCGAAUCAGCAUCAACACAUUCUGUAGAGCUUUCCCCUUCCACCUGAUGUUCGAUGCCAGCAUGCUGGUUUUGCAGCUGGGGGAAGGGCUUAGGAAACAGCUCCGAUGUGAUGCUCACAAGACUCUGAAGUUUGAGGACUGCUUUGAUAUAGUUUCCCCAAAGAUCAAUGCCACCUUCGAAAGGGUCCUGCUGAGAUUGUCCACUCCAUUUUUGAUUCGUACCAAACCAGAGGCUUCUGGUUCUGAAAAUAAAGACAAGGUAAUGGAAGUCAAAGGACAAAUGAUUCAUGUUCCAGAAUCAAAUUCUAUUUUGUUUUUGGGCUCUCCAUGUGUGGACAAAUUGGAUGAACUUAUGGGCCGUGGCUUGCAUCUCUCAGAUAUCCCCAUCCAUGAUGCAACUCGUGAUGUGAUUUUGGUUGGGGAGCAGGCUAAAGCCCAGGAUGGACUAAAGAAGCGGAUGGAUAAGCUAAAGGCAACAUUAGAAAGAACUCACCAGGCUCUGGAAGAGGAGAAAAAGAAGACAGUAGAUCUUCUGUUUUCCAUUUUCCCUGGAGAUGUAGCCCGGCAAUUAUGGCAAGGACAGCAAGUACAGGCCAGAAAGUUUGAUGAUGUCACCAUGCUCUUCUCUGAUAUAGUGGGUUUCACAGCUAUCUGUGCUCAGUGCACCCCUAUGCAAGUAAUUAGCAUGUUGAAUGAGUUAUAUACCAGAUUUGAUCACCAAUGUGGAUUUCUGGACAUUUACAAGGUGGAAACAAUAGGCGAUGCAUACUGUGUUGCAGCAGGACUGCACAGGAAGAGCCUUUGCCAUGCGAAGCCCAUUGCCUUGAUGGCCUUGAAGAUGAUGGAACUUUCAGAGGAGGUGCUGACACCUGAUGGAAGACCAAUUCAGAUGAGGAUAGGGAUUCAUUCAGGGUCUGUCCUGGCUGGAGUUGUUGGUGUAAGAAUGCCAAGAUAUUGCCUCUUUGGAAACAAUGUCACCCUUGCCAGCAAGUUUGAAUCAGGCAGCCAUCCACGACGCAUCAAUGUCAGCCCAACGACUUACCAGUUAUUGAAGAGAGAAGACAGUUUUACUUUCAUUCCUCGGUCACGCGAAGAGCUUCCAGACAACUUUCCAAAGGAAAUACCUGGGAUCUGUUACUUCUUGGAGCUCACAACUGGUCCCAAGCAGCCAAAGCCCUCGAUCUCUUCAACUCGAAUGAAGAAGGUUUCCUACAACAUUGGCACCAUGUUCCUACGAGAGACAAGCCUAUGAGACCUGCUGAAGAUCAAAGACUCAUCACAAAAGCACAAGCCCAGAAUCUGGGUCUAGACAGAAAAGUGAAGAGAGACCCUUUCUCCUUCACUGCAUUAUCCUGGGCAAGCAGUACAAUCUCUGUGUAAUGUCAUGCAAUAAUACUAGAAUAAGGUGGGUGAUGACUGUUGGUAAACAAACUGGAGGGGAAGACAAUUAGGGGAACCAAAUGCAUCCAUACUCAAAAGAGGUAUUUUUGGCCACUUAACAAAAGAAAAUUACAAUCAUGGUCCUUUUAUCAAGUAAAACCUCAAAGUCAACUCCUUGGGUUUUUUGUUUGGUAUCCAUGAGAUGACAUGACCUUUAAGAAUUGAACCCACUGAAAAAAAAAUAGGAGAGCCAGUGUGGAGUCUGCAUUCCAACAUUCAAUGUGUUAUUCAGUAGAGGACAUUUUUUAAUUUUUUGGAAGAGACAUUUCUUACAGAUACCAUAGAGGUUUGGUUAACUUCCCAGCCAGAGAAAUUGUAACUGAGUAAAAAUAUUUUAGGGAUAUUAACCUAUUUUUAUACAUCUUUCUCUUUCUGGAUAAUAGCAUUUCACAUACAAUCGAACCAGCUUUUCAGAGCAUACUACUGUAUAUUUGGUGUAUUAUAUAACUUUAACCUAAUAAUCUAAUGUGGUUACAUGUAUUUAGAAGGAUUAGUAUCAGAUAGGGAUUACUUCAGUGGGGAUUUCAUAUGUGCAGAAAACCCUGUCUUGUCUGCCUGUCUAGUAGUCAUGUCUUUCAAAUGUUAUUAUUAUAAACUUGAAAUUUAAAAGAAAUGGAGUUUCCUAGGAGCAGAUUGAAAAAUAAACAAGCAGAGAAAAAUCUUUUUCCUCUUCUCAAGGAAAAUUUGCAGUAAGUAAUUUAUUUUCCUGUAAAUUACUUUGGUCCCUCUAAAGAUUUUCAUAAUAGGCACUUUAAAAUGACGGUAGAUCUUGGGACUUGCUAAAUUAUUCCCUUCAAUUAAUCCUCAUCAAGUACCUACUGUGUGCAGAGCACUGUAUACACAUAAUGUACUUGAUACCAUUAUCUUUGUUUCCCUCCUUUCAGAAUCAGUGUGAAUGAUGAAAGAGCAUUGUCUCAUAAGAAUGGACCAGGCUUACUUACUGCCCUUUUGAGCUGCUUUCAAUGAAUGUGGGCAAUAGUGAGAAGUUCAAUAUUUUGCCAAGAUGAACAAUAUUCAGUUGGACUUUUUGUAGUAUAACAUAAACUUGAAGUUCCUAUUGUAUAGCUUGGAGAAAUUUUUGUAAAAAUGCAAGUUCUCCUGCAGUUUCAUUUAUGCCACUUUUAACAAUAUGUAACUCCCCAUCAUAGAAGUUUGCAUAGGUUUACUAUAUCAGAUCUGAUAAAUUCCUCCUGCCCACAAUCACUGCAGUAGCCUGCAGAUUUUUAUUGCACGAUUCCCUAAAAUUGAAUCUGCUUCAUCCUAACCAAUACUGCAUGGAAAAAAAAAAGAAUCUAUACCAUCACUGACCUACCCUGAAAUCAGGGGCACUGUGUUGCAAGAAUAGUCAGAGUUUGGAAUGAAGAUAAAUCCAAAAGGCCUGUUGUUUUCAUUAAUGAUGUGGAAGCAUUUGUUCUGUAGCUCUAUUGUGAUGUGUGGCUGUUUCCUUCCUCCAUGGUUACUCAUUGCUCUCCCUCCCCUGGUAGUAAUUAGUAAUGAAGGUAUAUUGAACCCUAUGCUUUUUUUUUUCCUUUUCUCUGUGUCAGAGCUUUGAGUUACAGUGUGAUUUGUUCACUGCUGUAUCACAGCUGAGGAUCAGAGAAUUAAAACUCUUUCUAUAAAAAUAAUUUCCUAAUUAUGAAGCUUAAUUAAUGUUCUGCAAGUUGUCUGAACUAUAUGGAUUGGAAGCCAUUCUAAAUAUACAAAAUAGGUCCUGUAAUUAUUAUCACUAAUAUAAUUGUUGGGCUCUAAUCUCAUCCUUGAGUAGAAUCCUGGCAAAGCACUCUUCUAGAAAGAGAGGAGAUACCCUAUUUCCUGCCCCUCUCUGUGUUCUCCACUUCUUCUAGGGCAAAGGCUUUACCUUCCGCUAUCUAGAGGAGCCAAUGCCAAGGCCAUUAUGUUAGGGCUACUUGACUCCUAGAGUGCUUCCAACAUAUUUUAGGCUUUGUGACCCCUGGGAAGAUAUAGCAGCCCCCUUCCCAAGGUAGGAGAUAGCUGGGCUAACUGAUAGCAUCUGGGCACUUGAAGACAGAACAUGGCUGGUUAUAGGAUCAUGCUAGUUCUUGUAUUCAUGUAGGAAAACUAGUUAUUGCCAAAUGACUUCUCCUGUAAUGAUGAAUGUUUUCAUUUAUGAAUAAGGACAAAUAUAUAAUUAUAUAUACAUAUAUUCAUCAUAUAAAUUAUAUAUAUAUAUACAUAUAUAUUUAUGUGUGUGCAUGCAUGGGUAUGUGUGUAUGUGUGUAUAACCCUAUGGCUACAAGAAGCUUCUAACAUUGACUCAGUCCAUUCCUUUGCCUUUCAUGAUGGAUUUUCCCAUCUUAACAGAGAAAUGGCCAUAUUAGGUUGAUGGAGCAGUAGGUAAGAAGAUUCCAAAUAUUCCUGGGUAACCUAUUUCAUUGUCCAAUAAGGAGAGUCAGAGCAAGUGAGAAAAGCUUUGUGUACAGUGCAAACUCUCAAUUUGUCAGAAUCACUUGAUUUCAACAUUGGCUUAUGCAAUUUCACUUACAGAAGAAAUGCAAAUUUUUUAUUAUAUUCAUUUAUACUACUUUCACAGAUAUCAAAUUAAAGAAGUAAGCAUAGAUCUAGUUAUAUGUGUGUAUACAUAUAGCUAUGUCAUACUCAGGAUAUGAUCUUACAUUUUUUCAGGUAGUAAAAUCUAAUUUCAUUCUGUGGAACUCUGUUCCAAAGCAGCAAUCCACUUUGUCUCCUUGUUUCCUUGGUCUUGUUAUUGAUUAUUCAAAUUCCUUGGUUGCUAUCUGUCUUGCAAGGUGCUGUAAGUAAUAUCUAUGAAUUCCAUUCCUAGCCAUGGAAUUAAGAAACUGAAAAGCAGUAUAUUUCCAUUACAGAGCAAUUAAGCCUAAAGUUUUCACAGUUUUCUAAUUAGGAAUAUGAAUUGAAAGAGUCAGGCCAGAAUUUUGGUUUGCCUUUUCUAUAUCAUGAAUUUAUUUGACUGACAUCUGCACUGACAUUUCACCUUUUAAAAAGGAUUUUUCACCUUUCAUCUCCCCUGUAAUAGAGGAUAUCAGUCUGAAGUGGAAAUGACUGUCCCUCACAGAAACCCAGUGAUAUUAGAGUGCAGAAGUAUUUUAAAAUCCAUUUGUUAUAUAUGAAGGUUUUUUUCAUAAAAAUUAUGCUUUCAGGAGAUAGGCAGCAUCUAUAGUAUGACUCUCCUAAUGUACCCACAAGGAGCUAAUUUGGAAUGACUUGAUAAUCACAUCCCUCAGUGCAAGAACUGAUGUCAAUAUCACCAUGGAGAUAAUACCAAUGUUGAAAAAUAUACUCAAAUGGAAAUACAUCAAUUAUUUAGCAAAUCAUAAUCUACCAAAAUGUGUAAAGAACAUACUGAGUGUGCUCAGUAUAAAACUGAAUAACAGUAAUUAAUCAAAAUCAUUGAUAGUGACUCAAAAUAUGAGGUUCUAUGCUUUUGUAUCAUGGAAACCAGGUAAUUAAAGAUGGCUCCCUAGAAACAAAUUUACCUAAGGGAGUUCCAGGUGAAGAUAUUUAGGGGAGCAACAAAAGUUGUGAUAGAUUUCCUGGUGUUGUCACUCUUGCCUCUGUAUUUAAAUCCUAUUUGUAACCAAUCAAUCAUGUUUUAAAUUUUACAUUGUUUUUCCUGCAUGAGUGGCUCUCUGAUGUGUGGACUAGCUGUGUUUUGGGGAGUGAAUCUCCUGUUUUGCAUUCAAUUGAGAGCCUGGACACUCAUUACUUUAAAUUUGUGAGUCUCAUGGUUUGACCAGAAAUAAUGGGAUUUGAAAUUCAAUAUUUUAUUAGGAGAAGAUGUUGGCGUCCAGAUAACAAUGCUUUCAUGAAUCCAGCCACACUUUUUGUUUUAAAAUUGAUCACAAGAAUAUCUGGUACCAUAUUUGUAUAGAUUGCACAUGAUAAUGUAUGCUAAAUUGUAAAAAUAACAAGAGGUAACUCAAGUUCAUUAUAAUCAUCAUUAGCAUGAACAAAUUAUAUAUUCACUGCCAGUUGACUGCCUGACACCAUUUAGGACAGGUGCUAUAGGUAUUUAGGGCAGAGAUUUGAAAUACUUAGGAUUUGUGCCAGAGGAUAUAAUACCAGCCUGCCUUGGUAUGCAUUUUUGAUCAGUUUUUAGCCUCUGCUUUACACUUUAAUGUUACUCCAUGCUGCUAUCAAAUAUUUCCUCCAUUCUUUCUCAUCUGUCCACAUCUGCCCCUGGGCAAUAGGGGCAAGGUUGAGGCUUAUUAAAAGUACCAAGCUUUACCUUCCAUUAUUUUUGCAUGUGUGGCAUAUGGCAUAUCUGCUCCAUUCCAUAUUUUUCAGUCUGGAAUCCCACAUAAAAAUAGUUCAGAGGAUAUAGAGAAAAGAAACAUUUGCUAUAACUAAUAGCAUCACUUAACAAAUUUCAAAUUUCUUAGGUAUAUGAUCAUAUACGUCGAUAUACACAUUUGUGUAUUUAAAUGUAUAUACAUGUACAUAUAUGUUAACAGGUAUUUAGUUUCCAUUAACUCAUUCUCUGGACUAAUUCAUUUUAUGCUACUUCAUUGAAUUUUUCCUUAGAAUUACUCUUGAUUCAGAAGCAGGUCCAGAAGUGCCAAGGAUUCACCUAAAAACAAGAAUAAAUCAAAAUCAGAAAAGCAGGUGGUAGAUUGCUAUUAGGAUAUUUACAUUAACACCAACUAUUAACCAUGUGUAUCUAGUGUCUAAAAGCAUUUGGGGUAUUUACAGCAGGGAUCAAAAACUAUAAAAUUUUUAAUUUUCUGAAUAUAUUAUGCUAUUGAUGAAAUAACCAUCUGUGUAACAUACUGGACAUCCACUUAGGAACAUCUACUGCACAAUAUAUUAAAGAUUAUUUGAUCUGGUUCACUGCAAAAUAUACACAUCAGAAUGACAUUGUGUAAUCAGAUACUUAAAUGAUUAUCUGACACAAAGAACCAACAUCAUGUGGCAUGGAAAAUUUUAAGCUAUAUCAUCCACAUUAAAGAAUAACCAUAUCCAUGUGAAUGCACUAUUGUUUAAUAUGUCAACUGUACUUUAAGUAACUUUAGGGUUUUUCUUUGCAACUUUAUAAAAAAAUGAUAUAUAUAACAAUAUAAAUUUGGUUAUGUAUCAUGGGCACUGAGUUAUUUAUUUUGCUAUAUAGGCAAUUAACUAUCAGUAGUAUUUUAAUCUAAGAUGUAGCAGAAUUGUACCUUGUCAUAAUUUUUAUAUGAACCAACUAUGUUCUAGGUCUUACUUAAAAUAUUAAGAUAUAUUUUAAUAAAAGAUGAAUGAAUGAUAGUGUACUGAAGCCCCAAUUGGCUGGGAAGAGCAAAGGAGGUAUAAUGAGAUUGACAUUAUCAUUCUAUUAGUUUAUAUCCACCUUAAAUUUGUGGCAAACAGAAAAUAGCAUUGUACACAACAAUCUAUGCAAAAUGGAUGGUGUCUGUCAAGUGCCUCAUGAGACUUCAUAUUCAUAUUAGGGGAAUCAUGUUUGAUGGUCAGGGAGAGCAUUCAUGGAUUAGCUAUGAAAUUUGGAAAACACAAUGAAAAAGACAUGUAUCAUUCCAGCUGGAGUAAUUUUCUCAAAGUGUUUUACUUCAGGCUUCAGGGAUCCUCAGAUAAUAGCUUUCAUGAGAAUUAAAGUCACUUCAGUGUCAAAUUCAGGGAUUGUACUUUCUAAGCAAGAUUCUUCACUGAUUCACAGAAGGGAAGACUAUUGUUCCCUAAUAUUAGUUAGUAUGUUUAAUCAGUAAAGGACUGUAUCUUCAGUAACUGACAAAUCAUGUAGCAGAGAAUAAGGUCUGCUGAACCAUGACACAAAGAGGAAAGACCUUAGGCUAAUGGCUAUUGUUGGAUUUGCAGUGGGAACCUUCAGGAGGAAUGACUGUCACUGUGCGUUUUUAGCAUUAAAUUGUACAUACAUCUAAAAAUUAUUCCCAAGCAAUACCUUAUCAUGCUAACUCUUAAAGCAAUAACUUAAGCCAUGAUAAUGAUAAUACAUGCAACAUACUUCUAUGUGAGGUAAUCACUAAAACCCUGGGAAAACGCCGAAACUACGUACAAAAGCAAUAACAAAGCAUGAUGUGGGUUAUUUAAAGAUCUCUCUUCCAUCGACACCAGGGUGCCAUAAUAACUGAGGUACAGAACAUAGCAGAUGAGCUCUUUAAUCUAUCUCAGAUGUCAUUGAUUUGCCAAUCUGCUACACAGUAAUUAUUGUCCCUUGCAUAAUUAUUCCUGGGAUCUAAAUAACAAACAUAUGGAGACUCUCUUUCAUACCAUGAUUUCUUUAUCCAAUUUUUUUCUGUGAAUUUUAGAGAUCUGUCAAAGAGGAAUAGUAGAAUAGGAAUAGUUGUACAAUAGAUGCUGUAGUGGAGACAGCAGAUCUUGUAGGAACAAGGAGGAGCCCCUUGUAGUGACAGCUUUCGAAAAUGUUAUUCUGUGGUGAAUACGUUCUUGGGAAAGGAAAGGCUAGAUGUGAAAGGGCCAUUAAAAAAAAAAAACAGAUUGGUGAUUUUGUCAGCUAAAGGAAUCCUUUGAGAGGAAACUGAUCUGUAGCUUCUUUACAACUUAAAGUGUGAGAGAGUUGUCUGGGGCACCAAGAGAUUGUCACUUCCUCAGAGUCACACGCCCAGUAUGUGGCAGAUGUGGGAUUUGAACUAGGGUCUUCCUGACUCCAAGACCAGUCUCCCAUUCACUUCAUUGUGACUCUGUAGGGGAGCAUGUUGUUAUUGAUAUCAAUUAGGGAUUGAGAAAUGUUUAUAUAGGAGUGAUAAUUGUCUUUAGGUUAUGAAUUCCUGAAAGUCUUGCUGGAUGAUCAACUAAAACAUAAAACCUGAUACAUAGAGAUAACUACCUAUCUAAGCUGUGGUGGAGAAGAGUGAGGAGAUAUGAAAAUCUCAAGUGACUAUUCUGGUGUUGUCAGUGUUGCUAUUUCAGAUUCAUUUUUAAUCCCAUCAAGAUAGUGUGUCAGAGAUAUCCCAAACCAUAAAAGAUAAUGAUUCUUGCAUCAUUUAGAACCCUAAAUGGGGCAGGUGACUUGUGCAUCUAAGCUUUCUUAUAGGCAAAAAAAAAAAAGGUAAUUGGGGGCAGCUGGGUGACUAAGUGAAUUGAGCUUGGGUGGCUCCCUAGAGAUGGGAGGUUCUGGGUUCAAAUUUGGUUUCAGAUACUUCCUAGAUGUGUGACCCUGGGCAAGUCACUUAACCCCCAUUGCCUACCUCUUACCACUCUUCUACCUUAGAACCAAUACAUAGUAUUGAUUCUAAGAUGGAAGGUAAGGGUUUUAAAAAAGGGGAGAAAUUAAUCCUCAAUCUAUGUGACUCUGGUCAGGAGGGAAAGAAUAGGGGUCUUAUCCUUUAAAAAAACUGAAUAGAAAUCUAGUGUGGUCUAAUUAGAUGUUUCUCCUCUGUUUCAUCAUUAACCGGGGAAAAUAAGAGAAUAUGGACCAGUUCAAGUCCAUGUUCUGCCCAGAGAUGAAACAAAAGAACUGUAAUCUGUCAUCACUCCCAGGAAAAUAAUUUACCUAGCACCCUCUUGUCUGGGAAGUAAAGAACUAUCAUCUCACAAAUUGAAUUGGAUCCUUGUUCCACUCAAGAAAUUCAGGAAGACCCUACUCCUACACACACACACACACACACACACACACACACACACACACACACACACACGUCAUCAGAUGUUCAUUGCUACUAUAUAUGCAGUCAGUAUUCAAUAAAUAAUAAAAAUACUAAAUUAAUGUUCAUUUAAUCACAUUAGUUUGCCUUUCUUAAGUAGCCUAGUUAGUUGUAUAUGGGAUUCUCAUUUUCAGCAUUUGGUUUAGCCAUUGUGGCUAAUUAACUGAAAAACCUAAAGAGAGAAAAGCUAAGUGUAAAGCAAGACCACUGGUGAUAGGUAUUGAUUUAGCUGGUGGAGGAGGGGACGAAUUUGUGUUGAUUUAAUGAUAUGAUAGUGUAAGAGGAACUGGAAGUGAUUCUACCUGAGGGUAAUGUCAGCUCUAAGAAGAGCUGUUUCUUAGCAUUGCUUUUUCUGAUGACAUUUCUUUUGUGCUAUUGUCUAUCUGCAGUUCCAAACUGGAUAGAUAGAUGAAGCAGGAAAAGAUGUUGGGGGUGGAGAAAGGAAUGAUGCAGACAACUAUGAAUAAGGAUGACCAAGGCUAUUAGGUUUUUUUUUUCUCUCCUUCCUUUUAGAAGGUGUCAGGAGUAUUAGGAGAGUGGCAGCUCCCAUGGAGAGCAUUACUGGUUUAAUGAAACCCAAAUGAUUUCCCUCAUCUAUUGUUCUCUUAUUUCAAAGACACAAACUUCACAAGCCCCACAUCUUUCUCAGGAGGCAGUGCCAACCUCUUGGCAGCUGCACAUUUCAUCAGGACUGGGAUUAGUUGUUCAUAGAGCUCUAAAUAGAAACUCUGUCAACGUGGCAGAUAAGGCUAGACUUGGUUACAGUGGUGAAGGUAAAUCAGUGUCAGAACAUCUGGAGCUGUGGAACAAAGAAAGCUGAAUACUGAAUCCAGCCACAUGCCACCAGAGAAUGAAAUAAAAUUAGCUCAGACCAGUGGAGUCCUGAAAUGAAAGAGAUCUUUAAAAAUAGUCCUUUUCUUUCUUCACAUGCCUGAAUUUCCUAUUCAAGCAUCUUAAAUAUUUUGUAAUUCUGUUUCAGGAUUUGAAAAGGUUGAUCACUUGUGUUUAGAUUUUCCCAGAUAACUAAUUCUCAUUCUAGAGAAAUCUUUUAAGCAAAUGCUUCAAAAUAUUCAAUGCCCUUUUGUUCUAUUAAUCUUCUGGCCAGCUAUAACAGAUUGUAAUUUUCUUUUCUUAUGUGUUUUUUUUGUUUUAACAAAUUCUAUGAAUUGACUGGAAACAUUUGUCAGGAAUCAUGAAAUAAUUUUUGAGCAUGUUAUUUGUGUGUGUGUGUAUGUAGAUGCUUCUACAUGCCUCCCAAAUAUUGUCCUCAAAUUGGCUUAUGUGGUUGACAGGAAAGGUUUCUUAUGCAACCCUGAGGAUGAAAAGAUAUACCCCAGUGGGAGUAGGAGCUUGGAUCAUGAGAUCAUAAAUUAAGUGCUGAAUUAUAGUUUAUACAAUCUUCUUAUUUUUAUAGAUGAAGAAUGAGAGAAACAAAGAGUUAAAGGACUUUCCCCAAGACACAAAGAUAGUAUGUGACAAAGCCAGGAUUCAGAGUCCAGGUCCUUCAUUCCAAGUCCAAGGUAUUUUCACCCCUGCAAUAAAUCUUUCAUAUGAAUAGUCUGUGCAUCUGCAUCUUAAACACCCAAUUAUCUGAGCUCAGAAUGAAUGGAUGAAUGCAUAGGAAUGAGAAGACUCUUUUAACUAUGUGAAAGUUUUAAAAAAUAAUUCAUUGGAGUUGAGGAUGAAGAGAGAAAAUAGUUAUCUUUCAACUUGGAAAAUGAAUAAGAGGGGAUUAGGAAAGAAAUAAGAAAUGCCAGGAAGUCAUUAAUAGUUGAAAUUUCUCAGUAUUUUAAGGGAGAAAGUAAUGAAUCUGAAUUCCUAUCUCCUUCAGUGUGAAAGGCUAGGCUAGUAUGGAUCCUAUUCAAUGGUAAUAUCCUCAUGUGUGGUGUAUAGUACGUCUUUACUCUGCAUAAAUUUUUAUGGAUUUAUAUAAAUUCAUUAAGGUUCACAUAUCACAGAAGCAGAUGUAAUCAAAUAACUUUUUGACUUCUCUAUGGCUCCCAAAUAUUGUCCCCAAUUUAGGCUUAUGAUGUUAGCAUCUUCGUUGCUUAGUGGGAAAGGAAUAUAAGUAAUUGAAGACAAAAUAGGCUUUCAAAAUGAAAUUAAACUGCUGGAUUUAUGGUUUAUUGCUCUAUAAAUCAUGUAUGAUGUCCAUAUACUAUAUUUAGUUUUUUUUUUAAAACACCUUAUACCUUAUAUUCAUUGGUUAUCACAAUAACCCUAUAAGGCAGAUACUACAAAUAGUUUCCAUUUUAUAAAUGAGAAUCUCAGAGGCUCAGGAAGGUUAUGGGACUUGUCUAGGAUUAUAGAUCUAAUAAGUAUUGAACUUUGGGCCUAGGUCUCUCCUACUCUAAUUCUCUAUCCAUUAUUUCACGCAGCUUAUCAAACCAUUUCAAGAAGACUGAGGUUAGGAAACAGAGAGACAGAGACAGUCAGAGAGAGAGACAGAGAUGGAGACACAGAGAUACAGAGACAGAGAGGCAGAAAGAGGAGAAAUGGAGAAAGAGAGGGAGAAAGUAGGAAAGGGAGAGAGGAGGAAAGAAAGAAAAAGGGAAAGAAAGGAAGGAAUAAGGAAGAGAGAAAGAAAAGGAGAGAGAGGAAAGAAAGAGGACAAAAAAAGGACGUAAUAGGGAAGAGAUGAAAGAAAGAGAGGAAAGAAAGCAAGAGGGAGAGAGAGACAGAGAGAGGAGGGAGGAAGAGAGAAGGAAGAAAAGAAUAGAGAGGAAGGGAUAAAAUGAAGGGAGAAGGUUGGAGGAAGGAAGGAAGUAAUAAUUUAUCAUUGUUGUAUAAUGGGGAGAUACAUUAUGCACAAGAAGGGUUGAGUGCAUGUAACCACGCUUGUGCACAACUACAUACACAGAUACACACAACUUAUCAAAAUGUGGAAUUUCCUCAGCCCUUCUUAAAAAACACAGUUGUCAUUUUGGCACUACUUUUAAGAUGUUAUCUCCUAGUUCUGAGAUUCAUUUUCAGAAUUUUUAUGAAUUAAGUAUUUUUCUUAUCUUCUACCAAUUAUUGUAUUAAAGAAGUUAGGACUUGUGAGGGUAUAAAGUACUACAUCCCAGGGACUGGUUUUCAUUUUAUAAUAAGGACAAUCCUACAAAUCUCUGCUAUUAUUUAAGCAACAAUCUUGGGCUGAAAAUAGAUAAUAGAAAAUAGAUAACUUUUUUUAAUAACAGGGAAUAAUUUGUAAUAAGAUUAGAUUAUUGUGAUAUACUUUUAUUUAUGUUCUAAUUGUUUAAUAAUGGUAUUAAGAAAUCUUCACAUAAGAUGAGGAAUGAAACAUUGUAAAAUUGCUGAAUUAAAUGAAGUAUAUAUCAUUGUUGUAUUGGAUUACCACAGUAAUGCAGAUGAGCCUCUGAUAUUACUCUAUCUAAUUCUUGGCCACUGAGAACCACUCUAAGACCAAGCCCAAAGAAGCCUCUAUUUUAAUAGAAACACAAUUUUUAUUACAUCCUAGGAGAUACAUCUUUGUGGAUUAUGACACAAGCUUUAAACAGAACUUACAGUGUUCUUUCCACUGGACAAUCUAAGGGACUGAAUGACACUUUAGACUAAGGUCUUGAGUAACCCAGGAGCUAUAAAUUUGGAUGGGGUAGGGAAAAUAAGCAACUGGUUUUUUUUUCCUAUGGUAAAAAUCAAUUUCUCUAAUACUAAAAAAAUGUUGAAAACAUUCAUAUUUCUGCAUAUGUUUCCUGUUGUAUGAGAUGGCACAGCAAAUGUUAGCUAAUGUUUUGAAUUCUUAAGCAUUGUGCAUUGUCCACAGAUGUAAUAACUGUUGAUAUUUUUGACAGUUGAGGCACAAAUGGAAUAUUGGAGUUGGUAGAGACUUUAUACUAGGUGGUAUAAUUCAGCCCCCUAUUAAUUUUACUGGUGAGAUAACUGAAGCUCAGAGAAAGUGACUCUCAAGAUUACAUAAUUAAUAAAUUUCAAAAAUUAGGACUUCAAAAGGUCUUCUGACUCUAGUUCUAGCCCUUUCUACUAUGCUAUGUCUUUUAAACCAGCAUAAAAGCUAUUUUCAUCAUAGAUGAGUGUUUUUUUAUAGUUAUCCCAAUCUAUGUGACCAAAAGGCAAACAUAUUCAGUGAAUUUUCUAUAUAUAAUAUAUUUUUAAAUCUAAUGGUGUUUCCGUCUAUAUUUUAAAACCUUCUGCCAUGCCAUGGGAGAGAGCUCCUUUAGAAAUUCAAAAUCUGAGUAUCAUUUAGCUGCUUUGAACUUGGUAUGCUUCAUAACUAGAGACCACAGUUAUCUCUGAUUGGAUAGAAUAUAACUUAGCCACAGACAAGGUUCAAAGGUGGUAUUAUGUGUGGCAAUUUGUGAAAAUUAAAAUAUUAUUACUUUAAUGUUAACUAUUAUUUUUCACUAUUAUUCCAAUAGUUUAACAUGUAUCAGAUAUCAGAAUCCAUGGUAGUCUCACAUGAAACAAAGUGAAUGGUAGAUUCAUUACCUUUAGUCCUCAUUCAUUAAAUAAGAAGUGAUAUAGAACAAGGAAGUUUCCAAAGAUGUCUAGCGCAAUAGUCAUUAUCCAGAUGUAUUCUAGUUUAGAGCACAAAAUCCCCACACAGAUGAGCUAAUUCCUUCUAAAAGCUUUUUUUGGCCUUAACUCAAUAUAUGUAGAGUUCCUUUCCCAUAACACAGGUAUAUGUAGCAUAACUCUCCAAAAUGGAGGACAAAGAAUUAACUAAAGAAAUUAUCAUCUUCCUUAACCUCAACCAAAUACACAAAAGAAAUCCAAUGGGCCUUUGAAAUACCUGGAUGAUUUUUGCCAAAAAAAAUCACCAUAAAUUAAUCCUGGUUGGUUACUUGUUUUCUGCUCUGCCUGGGAGGACAGCAGUAAAGUAUACAAGCAAUUUAAGGAUAGAAUGUAUUUCCUGCACCCAAAUGUAUGGUUAACAGAACAAUCCAAAUGAUCCAAAUCUGAAAUAUGUUUAGCAAAAAAUAUUUAGUGAGGGGAUUAGUGAGGGGAAAUGAAUAGGUGACUCUAGCCAUUAAGAGGUGGGGGAAAGACAGCUUCAGUUGUUCUGUGUAAUCACCAAUACAGAAAUUGAUUUUAACUCAAGAACUUAACUAUUUAUUGGAAAAGAAAAUCAUUAUCUUUGUUUAUGUUUUUAAGAGAUGUUUGCUAUCUGCUAUAGUGAAUCCAAUCAGUCUGUAUAGGAAUGAGAGAUCUUGCAAUGAUUCAUACUCAACUGUGGCUCUCACACUAAAAUUUGAUAUUACUCAUGUAAUAUUAUUAAUCUGUAUAAACAUCUAAGUGCUUUAUAUGUGGUUAACUACCCAAACAUCUAUGAAGCUUUAACAUUUGUAACAUACUGGCAUCAGUUAUUUUUUUUAACCUCCUGGGACCUCAUAGCAAUCUGCCUAAUAUUCUGUUGGAUUGGUCUGUGACUAGUGAAGAAUAGCCUUCUCAAGGCAGACCUGCCUCUGUCUCUUCCAUGCUAGGAGUUGCCAUAUAUUUGGUAAAUGAGUGGUGAUGUAGGGAAAUGUACUGGUUAUAGACUUAGUUUGCAGGGAGAUGGCACUUGUUGGAAAGGAAUGACUUCUCAGAAUCAUUUACAAAGAGGGCUUUGGAGGGUUUGAUGGUUAUUUCACUAAACUAAAACUUUCUUAAGAAAGAGCAGGAAUAGCCCUUUAUUUUUUUAACAGCCAGUGGCAACCUCUUUAUCUCUUGUUUUCACCAUCUCUGUCUUUGUCUCUGUGUGUGUCUCUCUCUGUCUUUCUAUCUGCCUGUCUUUCUCUUAUAGAUGACAUUAGAGAGUGGGAUGAGCAAGGGGGUUUUGUGAAAUCCUCACCUGGAUUGGUAUCACUUGGGGAGCGUUUGGUUCUGUCUUAGAGCUCUGUUCUUCCUCACCCUUUCCUAACAGUGUUAUACAGAGAUGAAGCUUUGUUUUAUCCCUGAGUGCUGUUAAAACCCUGCUUCCACCCUAGAAACCUCGUGUGUUACAAAAGCAAUAUCUAGCACAUUCCAUAUGUCCUAGUUCUCUGCAGUUACAGACUGCUGACAGAACAGCAUUUAUAAUCAAAAUGUAGUUUGUGAUUCACUUCAUGAGAUCAGGUAGAAAGCCAUAUUCUAAAAUCCUAUGAGAAGCAGCAAGAUUUUAUCACAAUUUCCUCUCAGAUAAUUUAAAAAAACAAACAACUUAUGAAGCAAUCAUUUAUUGUAAAGGUCCAACCCAAAGCCAUUUUGUUUUCAUGAAACUGUAAAUCAUUCAAGAUGUCUGCUUUAGUAAGGAAAAAACGUAUUUGAUAUUUCAGCAUAGUACCAUUAAGAAAAUUGUGAAGGGUUUUAUGGCCUUCUAUUUUUGAUAAGCACCCUAGACGGCAACUUCUUACAGAAACUUCCCAAAAGUCUUUCAGUCUUUAUUUGUAGAGUUUUGAGAGAAGAAUUUAUUGUGCUUUUAUUUGGAAGGCAAAAUUUGAAAAAAUCUAAUUUCUACUUCAAAAUAAUCAGAUGCCAAGAAGGGAGAAAUCAAGUAAUAAUAAUAGGAAACAAAGAAGGAAAAUCUUUUAACUUUUUAAUCUCAAAAAAAUACAUUUCUAAACCAAUUGCUUUAGACUUUUUAGUAAAAGUUGUCUUUAUAUUUUACUCAGAUGACUUACACUUCAUUUGCUUUAUAAUAUCUCAUUUCUUUUUAUCAGAAAAAUUUAAAAGAUGACUUUUUCUCUUUAGAAGCUUAUACUUUAGCAAGCCAAAUAAUGUUUUAAUCUCCACCUCUCCUCCAUGAUGUAUUAUUGGAAUGUCUCUUUUCUGUAUCUUAGGAAUAAUUCAACUUGAAAAGUUAGGUUGGAAAAAAAAAAACAGGAAUAGAGGGAGAAAUUUUAAAAGUCCAUUCUUGAAAAUAUACAUUUUCAAAAACAAAUCAUAUUUCUUUUCUUCAGAAUCAUGGUGAAUGGUUUCUUUGUUUAUUACAAAAAAAGUAGGCAAUCAUCUUUAAUCAACAGAGCAACUGUUAAAAAAUAAUAUUUAAUUUUAGGAGUUUAAAAGACAUGUACCAGAAAUGGAAGGCAAUCCUAGAACUAGGAGAAUUUUUUAAAAAGUAGGAUCUCUUAGACUUCAGACUCGUUUUUCCCUUUGUAUAAAUAAAUGCUUUUAAUAAUGAAAGAAAAAAAGAAAUAUAUUGAGAAAGGAGGAAAUUUAGAUGAAAUUUGGUAUCAAAUACAAUCAGAGACACUUUUGUAUGUUUUAUUUUACUUACUUCUGUAGAGGAACUAUUAUCAAGGGCACAGAUCUGCUAAAGAUAUUGAAGUCAACUUGUAUCAGUCUAGUUUUUCCAUUCAGCAGAAUUGGUCCCUUACAAUAUUAUCAGUAAGCUUUAACUACUGUUAUCAUGGGAAAAUAAAUACGUGCCACCAGGGUAGAUUAUUAUUACUAGGAAUGACAAGUUAUGUACUACUGGAUACAUGAUCAGUGGAGGGGAAAUGCUUUCCAAUUUUGUUGUUGUUGUUGUUGUUUUGUAUUUCUCCCAGAUGGUAAACUAGGCAUUUUCUUUCUAUGAAAAGAAAACACAAAAUAUAAUGAGUGGUUUUCCAGGGACAAAGAGCUCCUAAAUUUUCAAGCAACAUGAAUAAACUUGACUACUUUAAAAUAUGGGUCACUGAGCGACAAAAAAAACAUUUUACUUUUUUAAAAAAUGCACUACAAAGUACAUUUCAGAAUCAUGCAGAUAACAAUUUUCCAUUUCAAAAUAAUCUACCUGAAUUUUGACACUUUAACUGUGAUUAACCAUUUCAAGAACCAAAGGGUCUCACUUUCCAAAUAAUACUUAGGUAUCAGGCAUAAUUAUGUGCUCAUUUCAACCUGUUAUUUAAAAAAAAAAAGUCAAAACAUAUUCACCUAAUUUUUUGGACCAUAAAGUAAAUAUCUUUUGCAAGCUCAUAUAUAUAUAUAUAUAUAUAUAUAUAUAAUAUACAUAGUGAAUGCUUGUAAAGUCUUCAUUAGUCUCUUUGGCACGAGGCUAUUUUAUUUAGCCAUGUCCCUAAUUACUUUCAACAUUACAACUAUUUUGUAUGCUUCAGUUUUGUGGGGCUAAUACUUUGGUUUGGCUUGCAGUGUAAAUAAUCUGCCAUUAAAGAUCAAAAUAUACUUUGUGAAUCAUUUCUUUUUAAACUCUAGAAAUGUCAAACAAAUGACAAUAUUAUCAAAUAAUAACAAUUCAAUAUACUAUUAUAUCUAUAUGGCAUGAUUUAAUUGCUUAUAUUUUGAAUUAAUCAAUUUAAUUUUAUGUUUUCUAAAGAUGAAUGCAUCUAUAAACUUGUCCAGUUCCAAGAGAUGUUUCUGAUAGUGUUUCAUAUUAUGUUAAAAUAUUUUUUGCCUUUCUCUAGUAGUACAGGAAUAGAUUUUAGAAUUUCUUGACUGAAAUGAUAAAAUAUAUAUUAUGUCACUAGGAUUUGAGAUUAGACAUAUGUUGAAGCAUAUAGACAUUUAUAGAACUAGAAAUACUUAAUGUAUCUUUUUGCGUUGACACAUUUGAAUUAUUUUAAGUAUUUUUAUUUGUAAUUACUUUUUGUAAGUCAUACACAGUGUAAAUAGCAUGAUUCAUUAUUCAAUAUUUCUAUGUAUUUACAGAGUACAGAAUGAAGUGAAUUGGAUUUGUAUAAGAAAAAAUGAAUGACAGUAGAUCGGGGCGGUUAUAAAAUAGAGUGGUGAUGAUUUGUGUGUUAUAUUUAUAUAAUUCUGUCCAAAUCUAUCUGUUCAAGAAAUGCAUUUUAUUUACCUUCUAAUGUCCAAAGUCAUUUACAAAAUAUUUAAAUCAAUAAAUGAUACAAAUAAACCAA